CCCCGGGCGGCCGUGCGCUCCAAGGCCCCGUACGUCACCUUCCCGGUGGCCUUCGUGGUGGGGCUGGUGGGCUCCCAGCUGGAGUGGUUCCUGCGCGGAGACCCCCCGGCCACGGCCCAGGAGGAGAAGAGCAUCUCGGAGCAGCGGGAGGACCGCAAGCUGCAGGAGAUCGUGGGCGAGGACGUGACCAAGGUGGUGAGCCUGAAGGACAAGCUGGAGUUCGCCCCUCGGGCCGUGCUCAACAGGAACCGCCCCGAGAAGAGUUAAUAAUAAAGGGUGAUUUGGGCAAAGGCGGUGCCCCGGAGCGGCUGCUGGGGACCCCCUGACACUGCACUGCUUCCACCAGCCUCCCUCCGCACCUGCUGCUCCUCACUCACCCUCCCGGGCCCUCCGCAGGGUCAGGUUUGCCCCAUGGAUUUGCUGCAGGUUUGAUUUCUUCCACGGUGCGAAGGUAGAAGUUUGGACCUGAGUGCCAUGGGAUGGGGUCAGGCUGUGACAGGAAGAGCUGCUGCCCUGCUUCCAGAUCCCCUGUGGCUCUUGAUGAACCCCAAACAGCCCCACGCCACAGUGUUGCUCCAGCAGCCAUGGAGCUCUCUGAGACUCCUGUCCCUGCAUCGUCCCUCCCAGGGACGGUGACAGGGAGAGGUGAAAGUCUUAGUGCUGCUCCCUUGUGGUGCUCUGAGUGUGGCAAUGAGUUGGGAAUGGGGAGAUCUCUGCCCUCUGCACAAUAAACUUCUGUCAGUCCUUGG